AUGGCUAAUAGCCCUGUUGAAGCUGAAUUAACGCAUGACAGUUUGGUCGCGAGUAUCUCCCAAGUACUGAUCGACGCUCGUAUACCAAAUCUGCUCUGGGGUAACUACUUGUUAACUGUCUAUGGGGUCCCAACUAUCGUCGAUGAUGUGGCGUUUGUCCUGGCCGAUGAACAUAUAGCCAUGGCGGAAUCCGCAGUAAAGGAAGCUAAUUUUGUUCCCUGCACAAAGGGCUUAAACUGUCCUCGGGUAAAUGGGUUUCAAGCUCAGCCUCCCCCCAAGCACUUGCACAUUAACGAGGAGUUUGUGAUACCUUUGCACGAGAAAUCCGACGUGCUCUGGAAAUUUGGAGAGUUUGGGUUCAGUCAGUUUGAAAACAAUCCGGACAUUCUGAGUGCUUCGGACCUUCGACUCCUUUCAGCUGUUCCAGGCCGUGGUCGAGGACGGUUCCCACAAGAAUUCUCUUUCGUGCGAAUUCCAAGCGCUGCGGUCUUUUGCGAGGCCUUGAUUCUCUUGCUCUGCCGAGAUUACGACAGUUCAUAUGAAACGUACUGGUUAGCAAUUCUGUCCUAUAUCUUGGAAUACGUGGAUGAAACGGAUAUCUUCAAUGGAAACGAUCUGGGAGAAGAGUAUAGGAAAUUUUACUAUGCUCUCAAAGGUGGUGAUCCCAUGGUGUGGUCGUAUCUGGAUGAGCUUCGCUCUGACCUGAAUUCGAAGGACCAACUCCCUAAAAACAAAAGCACUUCUGUCACAGAUCUUUUGUGGACAACGAAAGGAGAACAGAGCCACAUAUAA